UAGAAACACAGGAAAAAAGAAAGAAAGAAAGAAAGAAAGUAAAACUCCAAAUAACUGUGAGGUUCAUAACUCCACACACCAUCAGAGACCAGAUACCAAUUCUUCUCCUGCCGGUAGCUGCUGUGUGCUCUUCUCUUCUCCCCAAUCCAUCUCACGCCUCCUCCCUUUUCUUUUGUCCUGAACGCGCCGCUACCUAAAUCUUACGGCGGCCUAUAUCGCCGGCGACGCCGACGUACGCGUUCCAUUUCCACGCCGCCUACAUCAGCCUUAGGUCAGCCGGCAUCCACCAGUAACUAACAAGGGCGGUCGUGUGUGCUCUCUGCCUCUCUCUUUUGACCGUUAACUUCAACUGCCGUUUCUUCCAAUACCAUGUCGUUUUAUCGCGGACUGUCACGGAUUUCGAGAAAUCUCAGAGGCGGCGGUAGCUUCAAUGGAAGUCGGUUCCGUAGUCUCCAAUUUCUUGCUUCUCACGAACACCACUCAUCUAUGGGCUCUGCUGAAAAGGUCAGAAGUUUUGUUUUUACAAAGGGUCUGCCAGCAUUGCAUAGUAGCAGAUAUAAAAUCCAUCAACAAAGCCACUCCAUUUCUGAGGAUGAACUUGAUCCAUUUUCCAUGGUUGCUGAUGAACUCUCACUUGUUGCUAACAACUUGCGAGCGAUGGUAGUUGCUGAGGUUCCUAAGCUUGCCUCAAGUGCUGAAUACUUCUUCAGAAUGGGGGUGGAAGGAAAAAGAUUUCGUCCAACUGUUUUAUUGUUGAUGUCAACAGCAUUAAAUCUAUCAACACCCAAGCCACCUCAUCAUUUCGACCAAGGAGGCAGUGUUGCGACAGAUCUACGCACAAGACAGCAAUGCAUAGCUGAAAUAACAGAGAUGAUCCAUGUGAGUCCUUCAGAAAAUGUGCUGUAUGGAAUUGUAACUGCUCCAAUAUUGUUUGCAAUGGAGGAGUUCCCUCAGCUGCGUGCAGUUGUUGAUAAGGGCUUUGACAACCCUGACAAUGUUGAUAUUGCUCUUGAGUACCUUGGAAAGAGCAGAGGUAUACAAAGGACAAAAGACCUGGCCAUAAUGCAUGCUAAUCUUGCAGCAGCAGCAAUUGAUUCCUUACCAGACAGUGAUGAUGAGGAAGUGAAAAAAUCAAGGAGAGCCCUUGUACAUCUUACUCAGAGAGUCAUUACAAGAACCAAAUAAAAUGAGAACAUUCAGGAAUUUUAACAAUUAUUCUGUUCCAAUUUUUCAAAUUUCUAUACUUGUUCCCCCAAAAUUGAGGGGAAAUAAUUUGUUUUAGGACCAAUUUUGUUAUUCAUAAUGUUCCUUAGGUUUAAUUCUUUUUUAAGGCUUGAUAGUUUCCCUCUAUUUUUAAAUAGGCCUUUAUAAUUUUAAAAAAUUUUGUAAUCAGAAACUCCUAUAGUGAAUAAAAUAUUGUAAUCAAAGUCCCUUCAACCAAAUGAUUGGUAUGAAUAAUGUCACUUCAACUUCUAAC